AUGAUCUAUUCUCAGAACGAGUUCCCUUUCGGCUUCACAGAUGUUGUAAUCCCCGGAUCAGAUGGCGCUGGAGUGGUUGAAGCAGUUGGCUCACACGUCACUCGCUUCAAGGCGGGAGACAAGGUUCUGACCAUGUUCAACCAAGGGCACCAGGCUGGUUCCCUCGAUGCUGCAUCUUUCAAAACUGGUUUAGGCGGCUUCGUCGACGGUACGCUUCGCGAGUAUGGGGCCUUCGAUGAGACGGGUCUAGUUGCGAUGCCUGUAAACCUCAACUGGCAGGAAGCAAGCACUCUUCCAUGCGCUGGUCUUACCGCAUGGAAUGCGCUUUAUGGUCUCGAGAGCCGAGCUCUCAAGCCGGGCGAUGUUGUUCUGACUCAAGGAACUGGCGGUGUUAGCCUUUUCGCUAUACAGUUUGCCAAAGCCGCAGGCGCAAAAGUCAUUGCAACAACUUCCUCGAAUGCCAAAGCAAAACUAUUGGAGCAAUUGGGUGCUGAUCACAUCAUUAACUACCGCGAAACUCCCAACUGGGGCGAGCAAGCCAAGGCAUUGACGUCCGACAGAACCGGUGUGCAACACAUCAUCGAAGUUGGCGGACCUGCCACCAUUGCUCAGUCGCUCAAAGCCGUCGCCAUCGACGGUGUGAUAUCUAUCAUUGGUUUUAUUGGCGGCUCGUCCAAGGAGCAGCCGACAUUCUUGGAUUGUUUGAGUAACCUGUGCACAGUAAGAGGUCUUCUUGUUGGCUCUCGCAUGCAGUUUGAGGACAUGAAUAAGGCUAUCGAAGCCAACAAUAUUCACCCUAUUGUUGACAAACAGGACUUCUGUUUGGAACAGUUGAAAGAGGCCUAUCAGUACAUGUUCGACCAAAAGAACCUCGGGAAGGUUACUAUCAAGAUUGCAUAA